AUGAGAUGCGAUCAUUGCAAAAUUUUUGGUCAUGACCACGACACAUGCCCCACUCACACGAUUAGUACCCCCGACCCAAAGUCGGAUAUGCCCACUCCAAAACACGUUGAUAAUGAAGGAUACCAAAUGGUCAAGAGGAGAUCUAGAACAUUUCCAAUUCCAAAAAAGAAGAUCCCCAUUGACAACCGUAAAGAAAAAGGCCCUGCUAUAAAGAUCUCUCAAGUCUAUAAACCAGUAACCCAUGUAGAGCCAAAGAAAAAAGCUUCCACUAACAUGUUUGAUGCUCUUUCCCAUCAAAGAGUGGAUGAUAUUGAUGAUGAUUCUCGUGUCCCUCCUGUUAUACAUUCGAGUACUACUCACCCAGCUUCUGACGCAAUGCCGAGGUCUUCUCAUGGUGGUUGUUUCUCUUCUCCAAUUGAUCAGGGAUGA